UUGUGCAACUGAUAUUUGUAGGCUGGCAAGGAGUAGGGAGUGAGGAGGAGAAGAAAGAGGGGAGGGCGAAGGAGGAUUUUUACUGAAACCUGCCAGUGGGGCGGUUUAAUGAAGGGCGGCGAGCGGCGAAGUGCUCAUUUCAGGUGACUAACUCGCAUCAUCUAUGGCACGGUGCUCGAUCUCCACGGCUUCAGAUUUAGCUCCCUGAACAGGAUUAAAAGUACGAGGACGCGACUGUUUCAGCACCCAGCUGCCCGAGUGCGGAUUGUGCUUCUCCGGGAUUUAAAAAGCAUGAAGAUGUCGCCCCCGGAUCGCAGGAAAAACAUGCGAGACUUCGCAAUAGAAAUAGGCAUUCGGGUACUGCUCUUCGGAGUUUUCGUAUUCACCGAGUUCCUGGAGCCCUUUGAACGAGUGAUCCAACCGGAGGAGGUUUGGCUAUACAAGAACCCCCUGGUGGAGUCCGAUCACAUCCCAAAGAGGGUCAUGUUUGCUAUUUCCUUCCUGACUCCUCUGGCAGUCAUAUUUGUGGUGAAGAUCAUCCGCCGGACGGACAAGACGGAAAUUAAAGAAGCAUGUCUGGCUGUCUCCCUGGCCCUUGCCCUGAACGGCGUUUUCACCAACACCAUCAAGCUGAUAGUGGGCAGGCCGAGGCCUGACUAUUUCCAGCGCUGUUUCCCAGAUGGACAAAUGAAUGCCAAGAUGUUGUGUUCUGGCGAGCCAGACCUGAUUUCCGAGGGACGCAAGAGUUUCCCCAGUAGUCAUUCCUCCUUCGCAUUCUCUGGCCUGGGCUUCACGUCCUUCUACCUGGCCGGGAAGUUGCAGUGCUUCACGGACAGUGGGCGCGGCCGCAGCUGGCGUCUCUGUGCCAUCGUGCUUCCCCUCUACAGCGCCAUGAUGAUCGCGCUGUCCCGCACCUGCGACUAUAAGCACCACUGGCAAGACGCCUUUGUGGGCGGAGUCAUCGGCCUCGCUUUCGCCUACAUCUGCUACCGGCAGCACUACCCCCCUUUCCUGCACAUAGACUGCCACCUGCCUUAUGCCAGCCUGGCCGCCCAGUCUGGCAUCCAACAGGAGGAGGCCUCACCCACCGACAACGCCACCAGCCUGCCCUUGGAGGGCCUCACGGAGGGGCCCGUAUGACUAAUAGCGACCGCCAGCCCAGGCCCCCGUCAGCACGAACUCCCUGCCGUAAGGACUACAAGCACUUAAACAUUCCAGUGAACUCGACUCCUGUACCACCCCCUCCUUCUGUCCUAACCCUCCUUAUGUUAUUGUCUCUUGUUCGACGAUCUUGUUGUACUUGACUGACCCUGUGCACACACUGUGGAGAAGACGUGCCAGAGAGAAUGGGAUCAGGGUGGGGAGCAAGAAGAAAGAAAGGGCUACAACUGCAGCCUCCCCAGAGAGCGACUGGCCUAUUCGUUAGCAUUAGCUAAUGCAAGGCUCUCAAGUUCCAUCGAAACUUUGGAGUGAGAUUACAUUAGGGGCGAAACGUGUGUCUCACGGUCAGUGCGUGAGACUUGGGAGCCCUGCCUACCGCAUUCAUCGGAUCCUGCUCUGCCACGUCUACCCCUCCUGCACUCCAUCUGUGCGUGCAUCCAUGUAAUAAUGUGCUUGCAGCAGGAUUACAUGUUGCUUAUUUGGGGAUUCACCCAGAAACAAGAAAUGCUAUUUUCUGAUUGGCUGGUAGCUACUAACUCUGUGUAACUUGAGACAGUCAUGAACUCGGUGAAAAACUCAACUCUGCGUUCUUGCGCAUCGUUCACUGAUUCUGUAUAACGGGACACCUUGGUGGUUGUCAUCCCUUACGUCUCAGUGUGAGCGCGUGAAUUAAUUGAAAUGCGUGUGUCUCACGGUCAAUGCGUGAGACUUGAGAGCCCUGUAAUGUUUCUUAAGCUAACACUUUUAGCGUGACUUCGAAAGGCCAAAUUGUAAAACAGGACUAGGGUGGGAGCCAAGGACCACCUUGAUUUUACAGGGCCAGUGCUGAAUAUGUAUGCUGUCUACUGGUCUCUAGGUGCAGAUCCACCCCCCCCACCCAAUCAUUAGCAAAUUAAUUACUAGUUACUAAGAUGCAGAUCAUGCAUGCAUCAUUCAUGCUACUAUUAAUCUAGAGGUAUAUUGGGAUAUAGUACAGAAUUUCUGUGGCUCAGGAAAACUGAUUUUUGACGUUUGAUACAAAGUACUACGGAUGGAUUCUGUAACUAAUCUCUGAUAGACAUUGAAAGCUUAGAUGAAAGUAAAAUCAUUCUUCUCUGUUUUCUUUGAAAAGGCAGAGGUUGUCCAUAGCAACACGGACAGAAAUACAAAUCUAAUCAGUCUCUUCUGAGUAAUUCUGCCCAGCAAUAUGAAAGAGACCCCUUCCUUUAUGUUUCUAUGUCAUUAGCAACAAGCAAUUUGCCUCAGUACGCACUGAUGUUAAGUCUAAAUUUAGAUUAGAGAUCGAUGAGCUGUGACUGACAAAGAAUUGCCAUGUGAGUUGGGAAAACAAUUUGAGCUGAGCCUUUUAUAAUGACAUUAAUUCUUAGCAUGAAUUGCAGGAAGAGAAUUAGACCCAAACAUAGACAUUAAUGAAGACAUCGUGAUGGCAAAGAGAAACACACGAUAUGAGGCUGGGUGGAAAAUGUGCUUUAUAUUUGGGGACGAAAAAGCUUCUAAAGUUCCCACGUGAGUUUACAGCAUCCUGGUUCCAGACGUGGAUAGUUCAGGUCCAGAAAGUGAAAAUCCAGACCAAGAUUUUGUUUCAGCCAACCAGUUGAGUACUCAACUUUAUACUCAACUGGUUAGUUGAAACCAGCCUGGGUCUCCCUUUUUCCUCCUGAGACACAAUCCUGCCCCCCUCAUCAAAAAUACUAAUCAGUUCUGAUUACAAGACCCAAUAGCAUAUCGUUAUUAAAUGUCAUUUUUAAAUAUAAAUGCAUCGUAUGUUCAAGUAGUCAUGAACAAUAUGCUUCUGGUAAAAUUUAUUACAUGUAAAAACCAAAGAUGAUUACUUAAUGAGUUCAUAUAUACCCCAAGUCACUCUAAAAUGGCCCUGAUCUUGUGAUUUUUAAAUUAUCUACCACCAGAAUGUAUUAGUAACUUAAAAAAAUAUCAUUGUGCCCAGAAGAUCACAGGACUUGGCUUAGCUUAGCAACGACGCUAAAGCGUGAUUGUGGUUAUCGUUGACCUGGUCGUUCGUUGACCACCCCCUCCCAGUGCCAGGCAAUACAGUGCCUUCACUUCCCUGGGAGGGGAGUCCUCAGCAAAUCCUUCUGUUUACUUGCAGGAAACCUAAGGCAUCACCCAGGAUAACAUCGUCAAAAUCUGUGAAAAGGAGUGCACGCAUGUGGGUGGGAGUUUGGUUACUUGCCUACGCAUCGCAUGAUUCAUGGUCUCCCAUGACAUUGCCCCAUAAUCUCUUCAUUGUUUGCUUAGUAUGGGGAAGGGAAAUGACUUUUCGUCAUGUAAAGAUGAACAUCAACGCUUGGGUCGUCCAGCCUUUGACUCUCCAAAUGGGGUGACCAUGAAUUGGCCCGUUUUCCCAUACCUGAAGGCAUUCCUGAGAGAUUGUGUAAAGCUACGUGUACAUUGGAGUGGAAUGUGCCGUGAAAAACUGACUGUGGAAUCAAAACAAAGGAAUGAGAUGAAAAGGAAGACCUUUCCAUGGCACAGUUAGCAACAUGACAUUCUGUAGGUGCUAUUAACCUGGGACUGAGCUAUCUAAGAAAUCCAGCCCUCCCUUCGAGAUCCGAGCGUAGGAGCGAAACACACUCAGUGUUCCUGUAGCGCUUUAGUGUCGCUGUUGUCCCUACUCACUCAGUGAGCAGUCAUGACCGCAGCGAACAGCAUCAAGCCCCAUCGUCUCCUUUCCUUUAUGGCACCAGAUGUAUGUAUGGGGAGUUUUGACGCCCUUUCAGGACACACCGUCACGUGGGGCAGAUCAUUACGGUGACAAUAUUAAGCAUCUCAAGACUUUGGGAUUCUGUCCUCACGCCUCACAUUUCGCUCAUCGACGGGAGUCUAUUUCAAGCCUAUAUUUUUGAAAAGAAACAGACAAAAAAAAUUAAGUCAAAAACAAUGUUGAAUACUUCCUUUACCAUUUUAGUGUUAUCUACCAUGGCAUGCCAGUUACAUAUGUGAAAAGAGACUAUUGAAAAUGCAUUGAAAAAGCAUGUUUGGCCUUCAGAGAACCUGGAUUUGUGCAGUGAUGCUUAUUUAUGUACAUAUAGCGAUAAAAUGCAACAGUGUCUGUAUAGUGCAUGACCUGGAACAUGAGGUGGUAAAGAAUGCAUUUACUGAACUGUACUGUGGGCUGAUUGAGGGGUGUGCAAAAUCGAUCAUUUGUGGUAAAGACACAUUUAAAAUACUGAAAAUGUCUUAUAUGUAGCAAACAUAGACAAAGUAAUUUGAGUACUUAAGAAAAGACAAUUAUGUUGUUAAAUGAAAAGCUUUUUAGCUGCGUUCCAGGAGCUGUUUGGUAAUUAUAUAUAUAUUUUUUAUUUAUGCUAAUGAGCUCUCCAUUAGACGUCAUCAUUCUGAAGUUCUCGGUUAACCGGUCAGCCAGCGUGACUCCGCUGACGAGAACCCUAGAGCCUGCUGGGUCGGCCCAUUGUCCCCCAUCUCUGCCCUCCUAACUCCCGUCAUUAGGACUACCAGAGAUGACACAUCUCUCCGGCAGAGGCUGAAUAGAAAUAUACAGCAUAUGGUGUGCAGGCACUGAGCACCAGGACACUUCUGCAGUGAGUGUGAGUCUCCGUUUGCGGCGGCUGUUGAUCUGUGCAGAGCCAGCGGAGCACUGCAGCAGGAGUCUGUCUGUUCCUGGCUUGAGGUGGGACUCAACGGAUUAGACCGAUACAUGUGUUUCUCCCUGUUCACAGUGAGGGUAUUUGUAGUGGUGUUAUUCAUUAAUAAAGCUGCACCAUGGUGUAGUGCCUUUGAAAUAAAUAUGAUGAUAUGCC